UAUAGCUAGCUGUACCCAUAGCCAUUGCGCAAGUAUUGUGAUCCCCUCUACUACCUCACCUGCUCCACCUUCUACCUCCAUCGGACUCUCUCCCAAGUUCCAACUCCAGCUGCAUGGAGCCCUGGCGCGAUCCCAGGCAGCCCUACCUCUACGGCCUCGGAUCGCCCAUGCACAUGCCGCCGCAGCAGCAGCGCCCCGACCCGGCCGUCGGCGGGGUGCUCAAGCGCAGCCUCGGCGAGAUCGAGCGCUGGCAGCACCAGCGCCAGGUCGCGCUGCAGCAGGACCUCUACAUGCGCGCCGUCAGGCAGCGUACGGUCGCCGCCAACUCGCCCCACGUCUCGCCGCUCUCCUCCGUCGACAUCGCCGCCGUGCUAGGGUCUCACCACCAGCAGCAGCAGCAGCCCCUGAUUUUCUCCGGCUCGCCGUCGUCCGCGCUGUCGUCCCUCACGACCGCGUCCAGGGCCGCGAUCCCGCUGAUCCAGCAGCACGUUCAUCGGCAGGCGCAGUUCGCGCCGCCGCCGACGUCCGUGCAGGCGCAUGUCUUUGGGGCGGCCACGAGGGCGCCACCGGCUCCAUCGGCUCCGUCGGGCGGGAGCGAGCUCUCAAUCCUGCAGGAGCUGGAGAAGCAGCUGCUGGGCGACGACGACGACGACCAGGCGGCGGAAGCGGAGCCGGCCAUGAGCGGGACGGGGUCCACGCUCACCAGCUCCGAGUGGGAGGACACCAUCCAGCGCCUCAACUCCAUCACCGCCGCCGCGCCGUCUCCUCCACCCUCCUUCCCCGCCGCUGCGACAACUCCAAACAACAACAACAGCAACUACAACGCGGGGAUGACGCGGUCGCCGUCAAACUCCUCCACCUCCACGGCGUCCUCCUCAGCCUCCUGCUCCCCGCCGAUCUCCGCCACCACGUCGCGCCAGCUGCUCUCGGAGGCCGCGCUCGCCAUCGCGGACGGCAACCUGGAGGCGGCGGCCGCGAGCCUCGCGACCCUCAAGCGCGGCGGCGCCGGCGACAACGCGGAGCACCGGCUGGCGGCCACGAUGGCGGGCGCCCUGUCCUCGCGCAUUGCGCCCAGCGCCCCCGCCUCGGCGCAGCGGGACCUCGCGGACCUCUGCGGCGCGGAGCACCGCACCGGGUGCCAGUUCCUCCACGACGUCUCGCCCUGCUUCCGCCUGGCCCUCGACGCCGCCAACAUCUCCAUAGCCGACGCCGUCGCCGGCCACCGCGCCGUGCACCUCGUCGACUUCGACGUCAGCGGGCCGCAGCACGCGGCGCUCAUCCAGCGCCUGGCCGACCGGCGCGUGUCGUCCCUGAGGGUGACGGCCGUGAUCGACCCCACCUCGCCCUUCACGCAGUGUGUUGCUACGACGCUCCCCGCCGUCGGGGAGCGGCUCCGGAAGCUGGCGGAGCGGGCCGGGGUAGAGUACCGGUUCCGGGUGGUCAGCUGCAGGGCGGCGGAGAUCGAGGCGUCGAGGCUCGGGUGCGAGCCCGGGGAGGCGCUGGCGGUCAACCUCGCCUUCGCGCUGUCGCACGUGCCCGACGAGAGCGUGUCGCCGGCGAACCCGCGCGACGAGCUCCUCCGCCGGGUGCGCGCGCUCGGCCCGCGGGUCGUGACGCUCGUUGAGCAGGAGCUCAACUCCAACACCGCCCCGCUGGCCACCCGCUUCACGGACGCGUCGGCGCACUACGGGGCCAUCCUCGACUCGCUGGACGCCACGGCGACGGCGGGCCCGGACAGGGCGCGCGCGGAGGAGGCCGUGGCGAAGAUGGCGGCCAACGCGGUGGGCCGGGACGGCGCCGACCGGCUUGAGCGGUGCGAGGUGUUCGGCAAAUGGCGCGCGAGGUUCGGCAUGGCCGGGUUCCGGCCCGUGGCGCUCUCCCCGGGCAUUGCCGACCAGGUCAUGGCGCGCGCCGGCACGCCCCCGCCGCCAGGCCUCGUCGUGAAGCCGGACAACGGCGUGCUCCGCCUCGGAUGGAUGGGGCGCGUGGUGGCCGUCGCCUCCGCCUGGCGUUGAUCUGGUGAGGUCGCGCCAUCAUUGCCGGCACCAGACAGACAAAUUGCUUAAUUUAAUUCGAGCCUCUUUUUUUAUUUUUCUGAUUGGUAAUGUGUGAUGAGUUUGUUCUUGAUCUGGUAAAGAUUAGUUGUAGCGACUCAUAAUCCUCCUAGCUAAUAUAUGGAAACAGUAAAUUACUACUACUA